UUUUUGCCGAGUUGAAAGACAAGCAUGGGUCCAUUUGGGAGGACGGAUCUGGCACUGAAAUUCAUGAAGCAAAUGAAGCUCCAUUUUCACACUCUCUCGCUCUCUUUCUCUCUCAUCUAAAAACUGAAACCAGAUUGGCAUUGCCCACUACUCCUUGGUGUUCGGAUGCCAAACAUGGGUGAAUGGUUGAAACAUAGAAUUUUGAUGGUGUCUGAUUUUUUUUAUCCCAAUUUUGGUGGCGUGGAGAGUCACAUUUAUUAUCUAUCACAAUGCUUACUUAAGCUUGGCCACAAGGUUGUGGUAUUGACUCAUGCUUAUGAAAAACGUUCUGGGGUCAGGUAUAUGACUGGUGGCCUGAAGGUCUACUACCUACCAUGGAAACCGUUCCUUAUGCAGAACACACUGCCCACCUUUUAUGGGACACUUCCAAUAAUAAGGACAAUUUUGAUUCGGGAAAAGAUAUCGUUAGUGCAUGGACAUCAAGCUUUCUCAACUCUGUGUCAUGAAGCUUUGAUGCACGCACGCACAAUGGGGUACAAGGUUGUAUUUACAGAUCAUUCGCUCUAUGGUUUUGCUGAUGCGGGUAGCAUUCACAUGAACAAAGUACUGCAAUUUACUCUAGCAGAUGUGAGUCAGGCCAUUUGUGUUUCUCAUACAAGUAAAGAAAACACAGUUCUAAGGUCAGGGUUGCCGCCAGAGAAGGUUUUUGUAAUUCCAAAUGCUGUCGACACAGCUAUGUUCAAGCCUGCGCCAGAACGACUUAGCACUGAUGAAAUUGUUAUAGUUGUGAUAAGUAGAUUGGUUUAUCGAAAGGGUGCAGAUUUGCUUGUUGAAGUAAUCCCUGAAGUAUGCCGUAAAUAUCCCAAUGUUCGUUUUGUCGUUGGAGGAGAUGGGCCUAAAAGGGUGAGGCUAGAAGAGAUGAGAGAAAAGCACUCUCUUCAGGAUCGAGUGGAAAUGUUAGGCGCUGUUCCGCAUGCCAAAGUACAGUCUGUUCUGAUUUCAGGCCACAUAUUCUUAAACAGUUCUUUAACAGAAGCAUUUUGCAUAGCAAUAUUGGAAGCUGCAAGUUGUGGAUUAUUAACAGUCAGUACACGUGUGGGAGGUGUCCCAGAGGUUCUACCAGACGAUAUGGUUGUACUAGCGAAACCUGAUCCCAUUGAUAUGGUACAAGCAAUCCAGAAGGCAAUAGCCAUGCUUCCCAAAAUAGAUCCACAAGAUAUGCAUCUUCGUAUGAAAAAAUUGUACAGUUGGCAUGAUGUUGCUAAAAGGACAGAGAUUGUCUAUGACCGUGCUUUGAGAUGCUCGAAUCAGAGUCUUUUAGAACGACUUUCACGGUACCUCACAUGCGGUGCUUGGGCAGGCAAGCUUUUCUGCUUGGUUAUGAUCAUUGAUUUUUUGUUUUGGCAUCUGUUGCAACUAUUCAAGCCUGCUGCUGAUAUCGAGGUGGUACCUGAUUUCAUUCUACCACAUUGUCAACAUGGAGAGAAGUUGAGAGAUUUCAAUGAGUAAAAGCUUGAAAUUGAGAUCAUUUACAGGGUUCAAAUGUUAUAUUCCAGGCAGGGUGUUUUGACUUUAUCUUCUAAUCCUAUCGUGCUUGCCAUUUUCAAUAUCCUGUUCUUUGGUUGAGGUGGCAAAGGGGUAUGGUGGGUUUAGGUAGUAUGUUGUAGGUGCAAAAAUUGACUAGCCAAAAAAAAAAAAUGUCUUGUUUGUAUCUGAUUUUAUGUGUGUAUAUAUAGAUGUAUAAUUUUGUUCUCAUAUGUAUAUACUCUUCCCUCCCCCUUUUUUUUCUCUAUAUCGUGGACCAUUA